AUGCCUGCUGCAAAUUUUACUAAAUCUUCUACUCCUCUCAAUGGAGUACCAGCAAUGAUUACACAUAAGACUGCAACAGCUAUACAAAGUGGUCCCUAUACAAAAGCACAAUUUCAAAGUACAAUGGAAGGUUCUCGAACAAUAAAAACUUCUAAAGAAGUUGAACACAUUCUUCGUGAUUAUCCAGCUGCAUUAGAACUUUAUCGAACAGGAAAAUAUAAAGUUAAAGUUAAAUGUGAAGCUAAUGUUGAACGUGUUAUUCUUGUUGAAAAAAAAGCAGUAAAAACUACAACAAAUAAAAAUCAAGAUAAUAAUCAAAUUGUUCCUGAUGGUUCGAGUAAUAUGGAACAAAAUAGAGAAAUUGAAAAUGAACAAAAUUUACAACAAUCACGUAGUCGUACACAAUCACGAGAACGUAUUGCACCAACAACAUCAGUAACAAAUGGUCAUAAUAUUGUUCAUGCAACAAUAUCAUCAACUUUGAUAACAAAUGAUAAUCAUCCUAAAGUUGAUCAUCAUCGAACACCAUCAAAUGAACGUGAAAUUUCUGUAGCAUCACAAAAAAAACAACCUAUAAAUCAACAUAAUCAUUCAAGUGAUAGUCAACAUAAGGCAUUAAAUAAUAACCAACAAGGAGAUAAAGUCAAUCGUGAUUGUCUAAAAAUGAUAAUGCCCUAUGUUCCGCAAGCUAAUAGAUCCGGAAAUCAAUGGCAACAACCACGGUUUCAAACACCAUAUUAUAGCAAUCCUCUAUUACAACAACAGCAACGAUCAAAUUCACAUAUGCCAGUACCAUAUGUACCACAACAAAAUCCACGAUAUCAACAACCGUAUUAUUAUCGUCAACGACCAACUACUCCAAUUAACUUUCAUCCACAACCAUCUCUUUAUCCAUUAUUACCAUCAACACCAAUAAAUCGUAAACCAAAUCUUCAUUCAAUGAAUAACUAUCCAACAUCAACUCAAUCCGUAACUAAUAUCAUGGCACUUCCACCAACUAUGCAUACAUUUCAUACCAAUCAACAACAACAAAAAUUUUCAUCUCUUCGUCCGAUGUAUCAAUCACAAAUACCAUUUCCUAUGAAUCAUCCAUUGCCUAAUAUGGCAAAUGAACCAUUGCGUAAUGUAAGAAGUAGUAGCAAUACUUAUAUUGAACAACAAAGAGGUGUACAAAAUCGAGCACCUAGUAUUAAUAUGGGUCCACAUAACAAUCUACCAGUUCAUUCAUCUAAUAUUCCACAACAAACUGGUACAGCAGUUGUUGAACAGUAUCGUCAUCAUCAUCAUCAGCAUCAGCAUCAUCAUCAUCAUCGGUUUCAUCCAACAAAUAAUGUUGGAAAUGGAAAAGAACAAAAUAAAGAACAAACACGUGUAGCUAAUGUUGAAAAAUUAACUGUUCGUCAACUUACUGAAACAUUUAAUCGAAUAGAUCCAUCAGGUCGAGUACCAUACACUACAUUACCUGGAAUUUUACAACGUUUUGGUAUAAUAUUAACCGAUAAUGAUAUAAGUUCAGCUGCAAAAGAUCUUGAAUACAAUCUUAAUGAACCAGUAUCUGCUCGACGUCUUAUUCAUAUUCUUGUCAAAUUAGGUAAAAUAACAAAAUCAAGCCAACAACAACAACAACAACAGCGUCAACCUGUUUCACCAUCAAUGUUACCUGAAGAUCGUGAAGUUACGGAUAUAAUGACACAACGUAAUACAACAAAUACUUAUAUGCAUUCAUCAAAUCAACCUAAUCAACAAUAUUAA